CUAAAACAUUACGUAAAAAAUAUGGAAAGAAUAAUUCUUUUCAAUAUUCCAUUUUGAUUUUAGUGAAAUUUGUACACAUGUAUUCUGGUGUGAAAACCGUAGAUUACGAGGGAUAUGCGCUCGAUGCUUUUCAACUUUGUUGUCAUAUCAAUUAUUUACCUGCCAGGCGUUGCUGAAGGGACCGGUUUGCUCUCAAGUUUGUCUUGAAGCGGCACACCUCGCGACGUAGUGACUUGGCUAAAUGGCUGAAUCAAAUCAAGAACCGAUGUCCAUUGAGGCAUUUCGAGCAAAGAAAGCAGCCGCUUCGACGUCUAGUACUAGUGGCAGCAAAGUUUCUGCGAACUCAUUGAAUCCCUCGCCUUCAAAGUCUAUGUCGGCCCAAUCUCGGCCUACUAGUGCAAGUAGAGCGACUUCAGGGAGGCGAGCUAUAUCUACGGAAAAUUUGAGUGGUGGCAGAGAUCCUCCUCCACUCGAUCAAAGACAAGAAAAAGUCAAGCUGCUUCGAGAAAAACAGGCCGAAGAAAGGCGUAGAAAAAAUGAGGAACGAAGAGCCGCCUUUGAAGAGAGGAGGCGGAAAAAGGAGGAGGACGAGAAAGAAAGAUGGGCUACACUAAAAGAGCAGGCCGCUAAACGUGACGUUUCUAAGCCAAAUGCAUCACUUUCAAAACCCGGUACGGGUAGAAAACUUCCAACACUACCUCAGGAAGGUGGUGCUAAGCGACCAGGCAGUGCUGUAGAGCGGCCAUCUUCAUUACCAAAGCCACUGGCGAGACCUUCUACUGCUACAACUGCAAGAAGUCCUCUUCGAAAUAGCGCUGACAGUUUAUCUGGAGGCUCAACACCCAAAGAGUCUCCAGCUACCACCCCCAGUGGCUUGCAACCUAAAAAAUCUCUAGUGGGAAGUAAGUCUGCUUCAGCAAGCAAUUUAAACAGCUCAUCUGCAGCAAAUCGCCGAGGCAGUGGUGGUUCUCUGCAACAGAGACCAUCUUCCAAGCCUAGGAUGCGGUCAACGUCGACACAUUCUUCAGCUCUGACUCUGGAUAACCAUAACUCUAAAAACAGUACAAGUCAAGAAUCAUUGAUACCACCUGCGGGAAAACUAGCCAAAUCUCAUUCUACUAGUUCUAUUCACAAAGUUGGCCAGCAUAAACCAACAACAGAUAAAAGCCAUAAACCUGAAACAAAGCAUAAAGCAGGAGUUACAGAUGAAGCAACUGCAAAGCAGGCUUUGGCAGAACGGAGAAAAAAAGCAAGGGAGGAGGCAGAGAGACAAGCUGCUCUGGAUAAGGAGCGACAGGAGGCAGAGAGGUUGAGAAAAGAAGAAGAGGAAAGGAAGAGGGCUGAAGAGGAGGCCAAAGAAGAAGCAAGGAUGCGUGAGCUUGCUGAGCUUCUUCAUAAGCAGGAAGAAGAAAGGUUGCGCAUCGCAGCAGAGGAGAAAGAGAAAAAAGAACGAGAGGAUGCUGAAAAGGCUGCUGCUGAGAAGAAGCGUAAAGAAGAAGAAGAACAGAAAAUGAGAGAGUGGGAAGAAAAGAAAGCACAAGAAGAGGAAGAGAGGCGAAAACAAGAGGAAGCUGCCAGACUAGAGAGAAAAAGGCGAGUUGAGCAAAUAAUGAGCAGAACAAGACAAACUGCGAGCCCAAAUACCACAGAGGAAAGCAAUUCAUCUGCAGUGGGAAAUCAAGAGACAACAGAUCCAGAAGAUACAAAAAGAAAAGUGAAUGAAAUCCUUCAGAAAGUCAAAGGAGUCUCAGGCAGUCAAAGUGCAAUGGGCCAUAUCGAAGAUGAAGAUUCUUCAAUCCUUGUUGCUGAUGCUGACGAGGCACAAGAGAAUAACAAUGAAUUUGAUUCUUCAGGAGCAGUGAAGGUUUCAUCAGACAGUACAACAUUUUCUAGUAUAGAUCCUUUAGAUGAAUCAACUUUCCGUCCGGUGCAUGUGAAUGGAGAUCAUUCUUCUACUUCACCAGUAUUUCACAGGGAAUCAACAAACAGUAGUCAUGAGGUGGAUGUGUCUUUAUCAUCUACUUUAAUAACUGUCGAGCAAGAGUCAACGGACACGCUCAGCUUGGACAGAUCAACAAAGAAUGAACUUGAACAAGAGACUGUGUCAUUUCAAUAUAGCGAAGAGUCAUCUACAAGAGGUGAUUUUGAUGUUAAUGGAACAGCUCAAGUCUCUGAAACUGAUGAACUACUGGAUACAGAAGCCCCCAUGCAAGAGACAACAGAUCCAGAAGAUACAAAAAGAAAAGUGAAUGAAAUCCUUCAGAAAGUCAAAGGAGUCUCAGGCAGUCAAAGUGCAAUGGGCCAUAUCGAAGAUGAAGAUUCUUCAAUCCUUGUUGCUGAUGCUGACGAGGCACAAGAGAAUAACAAUGAAUUUGAUUCUUCAGGAGCAGUGAAGGUUUCAUCAGACAGUACAACAUUUUCUAGUAUAGAUCCUUUAGAUGAAUCAACUUUCCGUCCAGUGCAUGUGAAUGGAGAUCAUUCUUCUUCACCAGUAUUUCACAGGGAAUCAACAAACAGCAGUCAUGAGGUGGAUGUGUCUUCGUCAUCUAAUUUAAUAACUGUGGAGCAAGAGUCAAUGGACACGCUCAACUCAGACAGAUCAGCAAAGAAUGAACUUGAACAAGAGACUGUGUCAUUUCAAUAUAGCGAAGAGUUGUCUACAAGAGGUGAUUUUGAUGUUAAUGGAACAGCUCAAGUCUCUGAAACUGAUGAACUACUAGAUACAGAAGCCCCCAUGAUUCAAGAUGAAUCUGGCACCAAUGAAGAAACGUUGUGUGUGUAUUAA